GGUGGAGGAGGAGGAGGCCACGGCUGGAGGAUCUUCGGACUCAAUGGAGGCUGUCCAGGCUGCCUCGGAGGCUCUGAGAGUGGACAAACACAAAGGAGGAGGUAGUCUCUCAAGAGAUGGCGACUCCUUUCAUGGAGAAAAAACUGAAAGCGAUUUCGAACCAGAAUCUGUUCUCAAUUAUGACGGUGAUGGAGAAGAUGAAGAGAGUGAUGAGGAAGAAAGCAAUGAAUUGCAAGAUAGAUUUACUGAAGAAGACCUGAAUAAUAACAAGAUUGAAUAUAAAACUGGUAUGCAAGAGUGGCCAGAUGGUUCCAGCUAUAAAGGACAAUUUGCAUUUGAUUUAAAACUUGGAUAUGGAGAAUUUGCGUGGGACAAUGGUGAGAGAUAUGUAGGGCAGUUUUAUAAGGACCAUCGUCAUGGCAAAGGGAUUUACUUUUGGCCUGAUGGCUCUAAAUUUUCAGGGUCAUUUUAUCUUAGCCACAAAGAAGGCUAUGGAACCAUGGAAUUUAAUGAUGGGAGAAAAUUUCAGGGGCUUUACAAGGCUGAUGAACGUUUUGGACCAGGAAUUGAAACAUAUCCGGAUUAUACGCAAGAUGUUGGCUUGUGGCAUCGAAGUCAUAUAAUUAAAUUGUGUACGGAAAUACCUGGAUAUUUCAUUCUUUCGGAGUUUCCAGAACUCAAAGUUUAUUUUGAUGUUGAGUCCAGUAGAGAUUAUAUUUCAGAGGACAGCAGUACAAUGUGGGAUUUGAAUGAGGAGAAGGACCCAUUUUUCUAUAGAUUCAAGCAACUUCUCUUAAAUGAUGACAGCUACACAUUGCCUGAAAAUAUGUACAUCUACUCAAUUGAUGCAGAUCAUCUUCCUCUCACUCGGACCUUCCUAAAAGAAUUUGAUUUCCAGUAUUUUAAGAAAAGGAAACGACUGGCUUAUGAAAAAAGAUGGCCUAUAACAAAUAUAACCCCCUUUCUGAUCAGGAUGCAGAAACACAUGUAUAAAUAUAGGCAUUGCCAGAAGGAUGUAGACUGGGAUGUUAAUUUCAUUCUGGAAGGCCACCGAAACGGUUUUGGAGCCAAAGGUCGCAAAGAGAGUGCUGCAGAGUUGCUGAUUGUGAAGUCCGCAGAAGGAGACUGCAAUAGAGUGUAUGAGAUUCUGAGGGACAAUCUGGCCCAUCCAGAUGUAGCAGAUGUGCAUGGAUUUACUGCCCUUGCUGCUGCUGCUAUGAGUUGUCGAGAUGACAUUAUCAACCUCCUUCUUGAUAACGGGGCUGAUGUGAAUAAGUGCAGCGAUGAAGGAUUAUCAGCUUUGUCUAUGUGCAUAAUUCAUUAUUUCCCAGCAGAAUCAUUUCAGUCCAAUAUUGCUGAACAGAACCACAGUAGAAAAGAGGCAGGAGAAGUUGGAGAUGAAAUAUCUACAGUGUCUCCACAGUUGUCACAGUCGGAAGUGUCUCAGCCUUCUCCAGAAAGCGCAGAAAACAAAAUUUCCUCACCAACAACCCCUCUAUCACCUGCACCGUUGUCAUCUGCUGAAAAGGCAGAGGGUGGCACAGAUACUGAGGCAAAGUUGUCAGAGGAGACAGAGAAUGCUAUUGGAGAAAAGAGCUCUGGGACAAUUUGUGGUGUAUACAACUACGAAAUUAAGGUUACUGCAGAAGCCAUGCAGCGUGGUGCAGUUGUUCUUAGCCACCACAUGUUAAAACUACCCUGCUUCCCUGACAGUGAGGAGAUUGUCCAGCAUGAAGGCACUAUAAGGAGAAUGGCAAUAUCAAUAACAGAACAAAAGAAAAGACUGGCUACUAUCAAACUUCUUCUAAAGCGAGGUGCUGAUCCCAAUAUGUGUAGCAUCCCUAUGCAUGUGCUCUUCUUUGCUGUUAAAGCUGCAGAUGCAAAAGUAGUGAAAAUACUAUUAGAAGCUGGAGCAAAGACUGAUAUACGACUGCCAACCAGACUAGGAGGAGUAGCUCCUCUUCAUAUUGCUGCUGCCCUUCCUGUCGAAGAGGGAAUUGAAAUUACAGAACUACUUCUUCAUUCUGCUACAAACCCUGAUGUAAAGGCAGAAGAUGAAAAUGAUGUAUACAGGCCGGACAGGGUUCUCAAGAAUGAGCUUACUGAAGCACCAUCUAUGAUGAAAAUGUUUAAUGAAACUGGUCCAUCAAAGUUCUACUACAGAGAAUGCAACACAAUCCCAGAGGAAGGUGGUAGGACUCCUCUUCAUAUUGCUUGUGAAAGGACAGAUGAUUUCAAGAAUGCAGCUGAAGUUGUUCACCUUCUUUUAGAACACAGUGCAAAUCCAAAUCUCCUGUGGAGUGGCCAUUCCCCUCUUUCAUUGGCUGUUGCUAGUGGAAAUGAUCAGGCAGUAGCUGAGCUUCUAGGCAGUGGAGCUGACCCAAAUCUCCCAUUAAGCCGAGGUGUUGGAAGUGCCCUGUGUUCUGUUACAAAUCCUGCAUAUGAACACAGUCGGACAUUGGCAGAUAAGAUGGCUUUGAUUAAUACUCUAAUAGCAGGAGGUGCAGACAUGUUAAUGCCAAUUACUAUUGGGGAUGAGACAAGAAGUGCUGUGGGAACAGUAGUGGACUAUGCAUAUUUCAAAUACUAUCAGGACAAAAGAAUGAUGCGUACACCAUACCAUGCUCUUUCACCAUCAGAGCGGGAUCUCUUCAGUGCUCGCCGGAAGUUGUUGGAAUUCCUUAGUGAACGACUUCGUGAGACUGUCAUCUUAAAAGAAAAACAGUGGGAUAAGGAGGAACUUCGAAGACUCAAAUAUGCAUCCACAAGAAGGCAAUCUACAGCUGGGUCUGGAGUGGUAUUACCUGAAACAGAUACAUCAAGGUUGCCCUUCUUCAAAUAUUGUUAUCAGUGUGGGCGAUCAGUUGGUGUGAACCUCUCACCAUGCACACGAUGUUUUGAAACCUACACCUGCAGCAAGUCCUGCAAAGCAAAGGCUUGGAAUGAACGUCAUAAGCGAGAGUGCAUGCAACCAGAUGCUUCAUCUGCAGCUGAGUCUGAUGAAGUAGAAUUCUCCUCACUUUUGUCUGUGAGAAUGCGUAGACGUAGUCGAGGGGCAAAAGGCAAAGUGGCUCCUCCACACAGGAAACCGAAGGAGAUAAAGGAAAAGAAGCCGGUACUACCCAGACAUAAAAUGGAAGAGAAGAAGGCCAAGCUCUUAAAAGAGGACAAGUGGAGAGGAAAACCUGAGAAAUCGAAAGGGGGACCUGAGAAGAGCAGCAGCCAUGCAGAUCUCCCAUACACAGGGAACUAUAGUUUCAUAUAAAUGCAGGCAUUUUGCCCUGGUCUUGGUGACCUAUAAUUUGACAUAUAUGGAAAAUGCUGUAUAGGAGGGAUGGGAAAAUAAGGAAGGCUUGAAGAUCUGAGCAGUCUUGCAUCAGUACUGAAAGCCACUUCCGGUGUUUGAAUUUAUGCCAGGUAAUUCCGUUCAUGGAUGUAGUAGCUAAAUAUCUCUGUUUUUCCAAAGUAAAUUCUGUACAAGUGUGAAACCAAAGCUUUUCUCAUUUAAAAAGUAUAAAACUUAUAUGGAUGUUUGCUCGAGAAAUCUGUGGUGGAUCUCCUGAAGGUGCCACAUAGAAAGAGCUAGAGGGCAGCAUCCUCUUCUUAUUUUUCACCCCUUGUUGUGGCCUCCUCAAUGUCUGAGUCCCUCAGUGUCUAAUAUAACAUCAGUAGGCAAAAGGGCUCCCCCACGUCCAGGCUGUUCUAUUUCUGUAGUGCCAUUCUGUUAGUAUAGCAAUAUGAACUUAAAAACAAAACAAAACAAAGCAACAAAACAAAACAAAAACAAAACAA